AUGCGGACCUCAUCAUCGCUUCCACGUUCAAGAGAAAUCAUUGACGCCACCAACUUACGUGGAGAACGGACAACCGUUCGACUCCUGAAGAGCAGCAAGUCUAGAUCUUUUUUGGACUUCGCAUCCGACUCUCACCGUCGUCCAAUUCUUCUCCGCUUCGAAAUACGGUUCCACAAGAAAAACCGAGGAGUUUCUUCGCAACCGAAAUUCGACAUGGCAGGUGCGAAAGAUGGAGAAUAUUAUGGAGACAUAGCGAAAUCCUGCCGUGUGUCUGUUCAGGUUGGAGCAAAGAACAGGAAGAAGCUCUGCGAUGCGGAUUCCUUCACAAAGUGCAUCCGAGAUGCUGGAAGGGAAGCGCUUCUGGGUCUAAUGCCGCGGAAGAAGUUUACUUUGAAUCUGCGGAGACAAGAUUAA